AUGACACGAGGGCAUGUCCAGGUGCCAGAUUGUUCCAUUUUGCUUUCGGCCUUGGACAAUGCUGGAAAAACCCUGCUGAGCAAGAACCCUCAGGUUGCAUUUCGAUGCUCGGUGUAUCGCAACGCGAACAAUCUUGAUCGCUGUCCAACUCUUGUUGGGGUUGAAGAGUAUGCAAAGCAGAUGCUUGCUGAGUUUGAGGACUUGUCUGUGAACGUUGAUGCUAACCCUGAAAGCCCGAAACGCCCCAAGGUUGCCAAGGUUGGUGAUGAUGCCAGUGGCAGGGAGGACAAGGGAGGAAAGGGUGGCAGGAAAGGCGGGAAAGAUGAGUCCCCAGGCAAGGGGUCCAAACCAUGUUGGGGAUGGCCCAAAGCAGAAGGGUGCAAGAAUGGCAACGCGUGCACGUUUAAGCAUGAUGCUGAAAAGAGUGGCUCUCAUUGCUACAACUGUGGAGCAGAGGACCACUACAAGAACGCUUGUGUGAGGCCAGGAGGUGGCGCGCACAAAAGUGACACCCAGGAGGCCAGUCAGGGAGAUAGCUCAAAAGGGGGUGGAAAAGGGGAGAAAGGGAAGGACAGGAAAGGGGGGAAGAAGGGAAAUCCCCAGAAACCUCAGGUCAACAAAACAGUGAUCGAGGAAGACGCCUCUCCUCCCUCAAACCCUGGAGGUGAGUCGAGUGCUCCCACUGCCCCUGCUGAGAUUGUGGCUGAUGUUUCGCAGCUACUGAAGAGCAUGAAGCUAGCUGCCCUUGGGACUGGUAGGCCUGAGCAGUUUGACAUCUCGGAUGAGUGCGAUUGUGAGACAGCUGACUACCCAACACUCAGGGACUUCACUAAGGAACCAAGUGAGUUCGGGGAGUAUCGCGCUCCGCAAGGAGAUGCCGGUGAUGCUAGCGCCGAACCCUUGGUGCAGCCGAAUGCUCCUGGUGUGAAUGGGAGAGACAAGGACGCCGUUGAUCUUCAGUCGCCAGGUGUACCGGGCGAGCCAUCCAUCAAUGUGAAAGGGUUGUCAAGUUCAAGUGAGCGCACUUGCUUCGCUCUCGUUGAUGGGGGUGCCACAAAUGGAUUGCGAAAUGAAGCCUGGAAAGGUGAGGCUAAAACCCUCAGCCAGGUGAAAGUGUCGUUGGCCGUUGGUCACACCACAUUGGGCAUGACAGAUGCUGGAGUUCUGGUGUCGCCUACGCCUACUCAAGUCAUUCUUCCAAUGCGCUACUUGCAUGAGCUUGGGUAUGGCAUGAGUUGGAAGAAGGAUGGGUACCGCAUCUGGAAGGGUGGUGAAAGCCGCAAAGUGAAGUUAGAAGAUGGGUGCCCCACCAUCGCUGAGAAGCGUGCCCUGCAGUUGAUGUGUGAGUUUGAGCAGCAGGCCAAAACUAAGGCCUUGCGUUUGCGGUCCUUGAAAGCCGUGUUGAAUCAGGCCCCUGUUGAGAACCCUGUGGAGUGGUUGAGAGAGCGUGUGUCCCAGUGGAAGAAGGGAGCAGAUCUGCCGGUGGAGGACUUGGUGAGAUUCUUGCGUAGUUGGGCACCGGACAUUCCUGAAGAAGUGGUGUUGUCGUCGGUUGCCGCGCUGGAUCCUGAAGGCCUCAAGACUCCUUGGAACCGGAGGGCCAGAAGGUCGCAUGCUCAAGGGAAGCUCUUGAUCCACUUGUUCAGCGGUGUCCAAAAGGAUACCAAGCAGGCGUGGGGUGGAAGCACGGUUCUGAGUGUUGAAAAGGAGGCAGGCCAAGACUUCCGAAAGCCAGGUGUGCUGGGAUACUUGUAUGCCUUAGCCGCUGGAGGAAAGGUUGAUGGGAUUGCUGGCGGUCCUCCGUGCAAAACAUUUUCCAGGCUCAGGUCCGAAACCGAUGAAGGCCCCAGACCUUUGAGGGAGGCAGGUGGAGCUGAACUAUGGGGUAGGAGAGACCUGUGUGAGCGUGAGGCUGAGUGUGUGUUUGAAGACAACUGUUUGCUUGUGCAGACCGCGCUUGUCAUGUUGGCACAUGUCAGCAACGGAGAGGGUGUGUCAGAUGAAAGCCGUGAGGGAUCGGUCUUCGUGGGGUUGGAGCACCCAAGAGAUCCUGAUGAGUACCUUGGGGAUGGGAUUGCCAGGCCAUCAGUGUGGAAGCUUCCCAUGUGGCAGGCGUUCCGAUGUUGGUCGAAAUCGCCGGUCGUCGAGAGGGAGCGUGAGAGUGAAGAGAUUGCUGCUGUGAGAGCGUUGUCAAAGCAGAAGAAAGAAAUGUGGCACAAGCAUCUCAUGAAUGAUCAUGUCCUUAGCAUUGAUGUUGCAGGCCCAUUCGUUUCCGGAGUUGAUCUGUUUAAGAAUGCUAGCCAGACGUAUGCGCUGGUAGCGUGCUUGACGGUUCCGGGGGGUGAUGCGCAGGGAGACGGGGACACGAAUGCUCAUGAUGCUAGCAAGUCGGAUUUGGGACCGCUGCUUGAAGAGGAAGGUCUGGAAAGUCCGGGCCCAGAUUGCAAUCCCGAGGGAGAUAAGGGUGACGAGGAUGAUAUCAGCCGCCUCACUGUGAGAGACCUGUUUGGGGAUGAAGAAGAAGAAGAAGCAGAGGCUGAGGAUCAGCACGUUGCUGCUGCCCGUGAGGGCAAGCCGGAGGACGAAGCUGAGGGGAUAGAGAGAGAAGAGGAGCCGAAAGAAGAUGAGGGCUACCUUAAAGAACCCCUUGAGUCCCUUCCGGUUAGAACCCUGGAAUUUGCCAUUCCCAUGAAAAGUCGCGAGCAUGAAGAGGUCAGGUAUCAUCUCAUGUCCUUAGUAGCUCGGUUGAAAGCGCUAGGGUUGCAUGUUGCACGACUGCACAGUGACAGGGCGCGGGAGCUGAUUUCACCGAAGCUGAAAACCUUUUUGUAUGAGCAAGCCAUUGAUGUUUCACAUACUAGUGGGGAGUCGCCGCAGCAAAACGGUAGAGCUGAGAGCGCUGUCGGCUGGGCGAAGUCUAGGGCCCGGGCACUGCUGCACGCAGCGGGGCUGGAGAGCAAGUACUGGCCGCUGGCCAUGCGUCACGCUACAGAGCGAGACCUUAGAGAAUGCAACUCGCUAGUAUGGGAACGCCGCAACAAUCUCUUCUUCCAUGGGCUACAAUUGUUCAAGCCAAGGUCCGUAGCUGGAAAGCGGCGGAAGCACCCGGAAGAAAACCAGUGUGGGCAGCCAAAACCAGUCGAGGGUCGGGCCCUUGGAGUUGCUCCAAGCACUAGUGACGGGUAUGUCGUGUUACUCCCGGAUGGGUCGUUGGUCGUCACUGGGACAGUGUUUCCGAUGAUUGAGCCAGGGAGUGAUGAUUUGGAGGUGGAUGCCAAAGACUUGUUUGAGGAAGAGUGGGAUGAACGGGUCGCCGUCGGGUUGGUGAAAGAGCUAGCCGAGGUUGGGCUCCCAGCCACAAGGUCUGAUGGAAAGCGUGGUUCAAAAGAAGGCUCCUACGCAGUGAUCGGUAUGUUUGCCCACGGUGGAGUAGUAGGGAUUACUAGCCUUACGAAACGUGCUCCCAAUUUAGUGCGUCUUCUGACCUGGUAUGUGAACCGUCAUUUCCCUGGAGAGACAUUCACAUCCAUCGUGCUGAGCCUUGGAGUGACUAUGCCGAUGCAUCAGGACAAGUUCAACUUGGCAGGUCGCAAACUGCUGGUUGGAUACACUCUCACAGCGCAUCACAAACUCAGUGAGGCACAAAGGAGCGAGCUGACUGACUUCGGGUUCGUGCUACCUGAACUCCAGAAGUGUUCCCUGAAGAGUGCGAGCGUGAGUGGUGUGAGUGAAGAUGUGUCGGUGGAAUUGCCUAAGCCACUGGUAGGAGAAGGGUUCUUUGAGGAAGUCGUGCAAAAGCAUCGGAGACUGUCCCAAACCUUGUUGGAGUGGAAGAGAGACAUCCUUGCAGUGGGAGCUGGGGAGGUGGAUCAAACAGUCCUUCGGGUGUGUAGUGAUAUGAUGCAGACGCUGGCAGAGCUAGAGGAGCUCGCAUGUGUCCUGCAGCCCGAGCAGGAAAAAACCACCACUGGCCUGUUUCUCAAAUCCCUUGGCGAGGUUACGUACUUGGAUGGGGAGCUCCCGGAUCCCUCAGAAGCCUUUCUUCAAACCCGGAUUGUUUCCCAAAGUGAGGUUUUUGAUGAGCUUGAUCUUUGGUUGGAAGCCAUUAAGAGCGAGUACCGGUCACUGACAGAAGAAAGUUGCGCCGUUGAGCCAACGACUGCGGAAGCAGUAGAGAAGCUUGUCAAAGAUGGUCUUGUUGAUCAAGUUCUUCCGGUUAAGCCCGUUAUGGUGCGAAAGCAGGGCAGCGGAAAACGAAAGGUUCGUUUGUGUGUGGCUGGCAACUACGAGAAGAAGCUGGAGGCGUUGACGCCGUCACCGUUCGACGUUUGGUUGAAGCAAAGCCAGGCCGACCCCAACAUGUGGUUGGUGUUUGCAGGAAAGCCGUGUCCGCAGAGUUGCGGCCCGCAAGGGCGCGCCGGUCAUGAGGAAACGUUGUUGCAUGAUGGCACUCCUUGCGGUGUCCUUCUGUGCUAUGUUGACGACAUCCUUUUGACUGGCCCGGACCUGUUGGUCGACGCGCUGAAAGAGCACAUCUCCUCGUUGUGGACCAUGGGACGAUGGGAUGACGUAGUGCCUGGUGGUUCUGCUGUUUCGUACCUUGGGAUGUCCAUCAAGAAAGACAUUGACGGUACCAUCACGUUGAGUCAAGAGGACUAUGUGAAAAGCGUGUGCGAAAAGUACGAAGUGACUGAAACCUUGCCAACUCCCACUCAUGGGUGGACUGAGCCUUCCGAUGAGGAGAGCCCUGAGUUGCAGGAUGUUCGUGCUGCGCAGAAGGUCCUCGGUGCGCUCAACUGGUUGGUGUGUCGCACACGUCCGGACAUUGCAUUUGCUGUUCAACGGUUGAGCUCGUGCGCGUUGAAGGCCCCGAAGGCAGUGCUGAAGGGUUGCAAUGUUGUGUUGGCCUACUUGCUUGGAACAGCUGACUUGGGUUUGAGUUACUCCGCCACUACUGAGACAUGGGGUGUUGAAGGGCAGUUUCCUUUUCCUCAGUCUUUGGACGGUCUUAGGAUCGAAACUGAUGCGUCUCAUGCGCCAUGUGGGUCCAGAAGUCAGCAGUGCAUGUUGGCGUUUUGGCAUGGUUCCGUUGUGGCAUGGGAGUGCUCAAGACAGGCGCUAACAGCCCUGUCCAGUGCGGAAGCUGAGCUGAUCGCAUGUCUGGCUGGUGUGCAAAUCGGUGAGAGCGUUCUGCCGAUUCUGGUCGACUUGCGUCAGUCUGAAGUGCAGCCAUGUUUGGUCAGUGACAAUGCUGCAGCCAUCUCUCUCGUGAACAAUGAAGGGGGCGCCUGGAGGACUCGGCACUUGAAGAUGCGAGCCCAAGCUGCCCGAGAGCGCAGAGAGACUGGUGCUUGGUUGUUUGCCCACGUUGCUGGAAGGCACAAUGCUGCAGACAUAGGCACAAAGGUUCUUGCUGCUCCUAGGUUCCGUGAGUUGAUCUCGUUGCUGGGAAUGUUGCCAGCUACGUGCCAGAUGUCCGUCAAAGCGGUUUCUGUGCAAGAAGUCGAACAAUCCCAGAAGGCAUCCUACGACGUCAGAGGCUUUACGCCUACCGAGCCUUUCUUGAAGGCCGUGAAAUAUUUUGAGAUCAUCAAGACGGGGAUGCAGGGAGACGCGGAGCAGGACGAGCCCUCGAGAUCUAGAGGUGAUCCCUGGAUGUUAGCGCUGAUCUUGGUGGUUGUUGUCAUGAUGUGGGAGCUAGUCAAGUUUGCGUCUCAAAAGGCCGUAGUGAAGGUGAAGAAGCUGGUGAGAGCCUUAGUUGCUGAGCCGAUGAAGAGAUGCUCACGUUGA